ACAGAUUGUGGGAAGUCCUUCAGUGAGAGUUCCAAGCUCAUUCGACAUCAGAGAAUUCACACUGGAGAAAAGCGUUAUGAGUGUUGUGAAUGUGGGAAAGCUUUUACCCGCAAUAGUUCCCUUCUUAUACACAAGAGAGUUCAUACAGGAGAAAAACCUUAUGAAUGUAGUGAAUGUGGGAAGACUUUUAGGCAAAAUAGUCACCUCCUUAUCCACCGGAGAGUUCACACUGGAGAAAAACCUUAUGUGUGUCGUGAAUGUGGGAAGUCUUUUAGGGAUAAUAGUCAGCUCGUUAUCCACAAGAGAGUUCACACUGGAGAAAAACCUUAUGAAUGUAGUGAAUGUGGGAAAACUUUUAGGCAAAAUAGUCACCUCCUUAUCCACAGGAGAGUUCACACUGGAGAAAAACCUUAUGAAUGUGGUGAAUGUGGGAAGUCUUUUAGGGAUAACAGUCAGCUCAUUAUCCACAAGAGUGUUCACACUGGAGGAAAGCCUCAUGUGUGUAGUGAAUGUGGGAAAGCUUUUAACUGCAAUUAUUCUCUUCUUAUCCACAAGAGACUUCACACUGGAGAAAAACCUUAUGAAUGUGGUGAAUGUGGAAAGUCUUUUAGGGUUAGUAGGCUGCUCCUUAUGCACAAAAGAGUUCACUCUGGAGAAAAACCUUAUGAAUGUAAUCAAUGCGGAAAGUCUUUUAGGCAAAAUAGUCACCUCCUUAUCCACAAGAGAGUUCACGCUGGAGAAAAACCUUAUGAAUGUGGUGAAUGUGGGAAGUCUUUUAGGGAUAAUACGCAGCUCCUUAUCCACAAGAGAGUUCACACUGGAGAAAAACCUUAUGUGUGUCGUGAAUGUGGGAAGUCUUUUAGGCAAAAUACUCAGCUCCUUAUCCACAAGAGAGUUCAUACUGGAGAAAAACCUUAUGAAUGUAGUGAAUGUGGGAAGUCUUUUAGGCAAAACAGUCAUCUCCUUAUCCACAGGAGAGUUCACACUGGAGAAAAACCUUAUGAAUGUGGUGAAUGUGGGAAGUCUUUUCGGGAUAAUAGUCAUCUCCUUAUCCACAAGAGAGUUCACACUGGAGAAAAGCCUCAUGUGUGUAGUGAAUGUGGGAAAGCUUUUAACUGCAAUUAUUCUCUUCUUAUCCACAAGAGACUUCACACUGGAGAAAAACCUUAUGAAUGUGGUGAAUGUGGAAAGUCUUUUAGGGUUAGUAGGCUGCUCCUUAUCCACAAGAGAGUUCACACUGGAGAAAAACCUUAUGAAUGUAGUGAAUGCGGAAAGUCUUUUAGGCAAAAUAGUCACCUCCUUAUCCACAAGAGAGUUCACACUGGAGAA